AGAGUAGUACAAAGUAUAUCCUAACGUCAAGCUUCUCUUGCCAGUAAGGAAAGUAAGAGCAAACAAUGAUGCGAGACGAGGCGCUUUGUUUGAAAGCGCAUAUGCUGCUGCUCCGCGGCGUGCGGAGCGUGACCAGGGUGCACGCUGAGGCCGAGGCGCACAGCUGCUCACCCGGUCCAUCGCUUUGGAGAGCAGCCAAAGAGGCGAAACUUAUUGGCUGAGAGCAACGGUCAAGGCAGGAACCGGGCGCGAGGCUCGGCGAAAGGGUGCAUCGAAUAGUUACCCGCAAGAUGAGCUCCUUUGCAGAUGGACGCGGCGCCUGGAUAAGCAGCCUGUGCCUCCCAAUGGGUGAAAUAGGGCGUUGUCUCGGGCUCGAUGGGAGAUCGGCCUGCCCAAAAAUUCCCGAAGCAAGAGGGCAUAUAUGAUGUCAAAUCCUCCUUGGGACUCAACAUUCAAAUCCUUCUGCCCCUCCACACAGUCGGGUCCCUCCAGUCGCCGGCUCCCCAGGGCAAAGGGGCAAAGUGUUGAUUCGACCGGCUUGCUUCUCCGCGGUGAUCUCCGUCGAGCAAAGUGGAUUCUCGACGGCUGGCUUGGCCAUCGUCAUCGCGCGGGUCAUGCUAUUGCCAGCGAGUGUUGAGUUCCAUACCACACGGCCGUCGGGCGUCCUCUAAGCGACGAUCCGCCUCUCAUCUUGCGCCCACGGCCGAAUAUUAUCCUGUUGUGAUCCUCCGCCGUGGAGAACCUGAUUUGUAAUUACACCGUCCUGACACCCGUAUCCAUCCCCGUUCCGCGCUCUGCCUGGUGGUAUUAUGACAGUACAUACCACCCCCAAACCACAAGCCCGCCCCUCUCUCCUCUCUCGCCCCGCGCCGUCUGUCGUCUCGUUCAGCCUUAAUUCUUCCCGCGCAACUUUUCUGGCGCCCUUCAGCUUCGUGUCCUUUUCAACGUUUUUCUUUAUACACUGCCUAGUGACCCGUCAAUUGAAGUCUAUUGCUGUCAAGUCUCGCUUUUACCGCUACAGAGCCUCUCUCCGUCGGCCUUUGUCUAAAGAAUAUCAUUCUCCUCCCUCUGCGUAGAUGAGUUACCCAUCCAGAGAUCGGGAUCGUGACUGGGACGAGCUCUCUCGCCACUCCGAUCCGAGAGCGACCUAUUCUACCUACAAACGUUACGUCAUUCCAGACGACAAUUCAGCAGCUUGUCGAAGAGACGAUCUCAGUGACCGUCAGCUCGCAAUCCGGACAUUGGACCGGGAAGACCGGCGCACUAUGCCCCGACAUUACGAUUACGAAUAUAGCCUUGACACAGACUUCGACCCGGUCUAUCGAGCGCCCAGCUACGCCAGCUACUCUCCCAGAUCGGAUUCGGAGUACCAAAUAGUCCAUCGUUCCGAAGCGAUGGAUGACCGUUUUAUGGUCCGUCGUGAUCCGCGAGAUGAUGAUUUCUACUAUCAUAGGCGGUUUCGUGAAUAUGACAAUGGACGAUCAUAUCCAGGAUAUGAAGUGAUUAGCUAUCGCACUGAAAGCCCGCGACCAUCGCGCGGACGGAGGCGCAGAUGCAGCAGUGAUGACGACAUAGUUCAUGUCCGCCGGAGCGAUAAGGAAGAAAGCCCUCAUGGCUAUCGACGGCAUCUCGCCGAGGGUGCCCUUGUCGGUGUAGGCGCUGCGGAAUUGAUUCGCCAUCAAAGCAAGAAAGCUUCAGAAAAGGGCAAAGAAAGCACUCUAGCACGCUUGGGUAAGGAUGUUGGCGCAGGGACGCUUGGUGUCCUUGCUGCAGACGCCAUCGUCAGGGCUCACAGCCGUCAUCGUAGUAAAAGCCGCGCCCGGAGCAAGAGUCGCCAUCGCUGCGAGUCACUUGACCGAGGAAGGGAUCAUCACCGUCAUCGAUAUCGCUAUCAUCAUCGACGCUACCAUAGGCAUGGUAGUCGCUCCUCCUCGACCUCACGUUCUCGGGCACGCACCCUUGCUGGACUUGGAUUAGGUGCGGCUGCCAUCGCUGGAGCCGUUGCUUUAGCCAAGAAACACUCCGAAAAGAGCAGCCAACAGAGGUCGUCAUGUCGCCGGAGUCGAUCGCAUCGUCGCCGCUCCUCUUCAGCUUCUUCGUCCUCCGAUGCACGCGACCCCGACCAUCGCAACAGACGAAUGGCAGAAGCCGGCCUUGCUGGAGCGGCAGUUGCUGGCUUAGUCGACCACGUACGCAGCAAAUCUCGAUCAAGGAAAGGCCGCUCGCGCAGCAGAAUUCGAACCGGAAUCCCUAUCGCUGCAGCUGGCUUAGGAAGCGCUGCGAUUGCUGCCGCCUACGAGAAAAAUAAAGCCAAGAAGGAAGACAAGAAGGAAAAGGAGACACGGCGUGCACGCAGUCGAUCUCGGUCCAAAAGUCGAGCACGAUCGUCUUCGGAGAGCCAGGUCGGUGUUCCGCCACAUCUGAUCGAGUAUGGUGAUGAUCCGGUAUACGGCCGUAUCCCAGCUUCUAAUUACUAUGGUCGAGCCGAAAGCCCGUACCAUACACCGCGAAACCACACCCACAGUCGCAGCCGUCGCAGCCCAUCAACAGAUAGCUGGUCAUCAUCUGAUCGAGAAAGCGGGAGGAAUCGUCGCGACAAACGUAGAGAGAGAAGUCGAUCUAGAGACCUUGCAACUGCCGGACUUGCCGCCGCUGGUGCUGCGGGGCUUGCGGCCCAUAAAUAUGCACAGAGAAAAGAGCGAAAGAAGAAUGAGAGGGAUAGAAGGCGUGAUGAAGGGGAAGCCCGUCAAGAUUCAUACGAUGAUACCUACAGCACCACACCCUAUCCUCCCUCUCCACCUCGACCAAGUGCUUCUUUGUACCCGCAGGGCAACUAUUAUCCUCAAACAACCCAAUUUCCCCAAUCACCCAACCAGACGACAGGACCCCCACCAGGUCAUUAUCAAUAUCCUCCUUCAAACUACCCACCCCCUGGAACAGCAUCAAUGCCGCCACCAAACCACGUUUCGCAUAAUCCUGCCGAUUACCCGCCACCUCCAGGUGCGCCUCCACCUGCCCAACAUUACAAUUAUCCAGUUCCACCAGCACAGGAUCCCUAUGCGCAUUUGCAGCCUCGGGGUGAUGAGAAUGUGUAAGCGAAACCAGUGAACUCAAUCAACCGGAUGGCCAUACGUUCAGCACGUCAAAAAGCCCUUCAUACGCGGAUGAGGCUCUUGUAACAGCAACCCUUCAUGGGCGUCCUAGGUCUACAAGCCAACCUGCUACAAAAACAGUCCAGUUCAACCUCCAGCCGGAUUACGCCUCGGAUGACCUCUCCUAUGAAAACGGCUAUGAAACAGAUGAUAGUGAUUCCACUAUUGACGGCUGUAAUCAUUCGCGCCAUCUUCGUACACCUCGACGUGCUCAAAAUCGUUCUAUUCACUCCCGGUCGCAUACUCCCGCCCCUAUUACUUCAAGGCAUGUACGGAAGCAUGAGGUCCGGUCAUCGCAGGGCGACCAUUCGGACUCCGAGAGUACAGUUGAUUUACCUGACCGCUUUGAUUCGCAAGGGCAUCUUGUCAGAACGACAUGGUGGUAGUAUGUGAGGAUGCGUGGCUUGGUUCUUUCGUUUUUUGGCUAACUCCAGAAUUUCUUUUAUAUCAUUCGCUUCUAGUUUUUCUGUCGAAUUUGAUACUUUGAAUUAUUGGAUGCAAUAUACCUAAUUGUUUCUUGAUGAAGGUUCAGCUUGGGCGGCAAUUGUCGGGCAUGUUAGUGAUCUAAU